AUGGUCUGUCCAAAAAAUUAUUCCAUUUAUCGUAAAGACCGGGUACGAAUUGGCGGUGGUGUAGCUAUAUACUGCAGAAAUGACGUUAAAUCCGCCAUAGUAAGUAUUACUCAAACUGACAAAGAUAUUGACAUCAUUUGUGUUGAUUUAAUUUUUGGGUCUAGUAAACUCCGCUUAAUUACUUGUUACCGUCCACCGUCCUAUUCUCUUGAUGAUUAUAUCUAUCUUGAAUCAAUGAUCUCGAUAAUUAGCAAUCUCUGUGAAUCUGUUCCUCAAUUUGUCAUUGUCGGAGAUUUCAACUUACCGAAAAUUGAUUGGGUUAACUAUGUUUCGCCAAUUGAGAAAUGUCAUAAUCUUUUUUUAACUUUGGUAAAUAAUCUUGGUAUGUACCAAUAUGUACUGGAGCCCACUCGAGAAAAUAAUAUUCUUGAUCUUGUUCUCUCAAAUAUCAUUUCCCUAUUAAGUAAUAUUUCCGUUGAGUGUCCAUUUAGUACAAGCGACCAUAACUCAGUCUUUUUUUAUAUAAACACCUUUAAUUAUUAUCAGCCCGAAACAAACUCUGAAUCUUUUUACGACUUCAAAAAUACAGAUAUAAUUGCUUUUAAUUCUUAUUUAUCAAAAAUAAGUUGGGACCUCGAUUUUUCUUUUGUUUUUACAACUGAAGAGUAUUGGAACAUCUUUUCUAAUCAUCUUCGUAAAGGUAUUGAUCGUUUUGUUCCAAUCAGAACAAUAUACCAUAACAAAAAAAGUCGUUCUUAUCCAAAAUAUAUUUGUAAAAUGCUAAUUCGCAAAUCUUUUCUAUGGAAAAGAUGGUCAAUCACAAAGACCACCUUGCACAAAAAGGCAUUUAUCCAAUAUGCAUCAAAAUGUAAAAAAGCCAUAUCCACACACCACAAAAAUGUGGAACUAAAACUGGUCAAAGAAAAUAACUUAAAUUUUUCAGCAAAGAUAGUUUAUCAAAAACUUAAAAAUCUAAAACCUAGCACAUCAUUUGGACCAGACGGUAUACCAAAUAUACUUUUAAAACAUUUUACGUCAAGCUCGUUACCAAAACAGUGGCUUCAAGCUACGGUUUCCCCUAUUUUUAAAAAAGGAUCUACUUCAGAUGCUAACAAUUAUAGACCUAUCUCUCUCACAUGUACUAGCUGUUGUGUCAUGGAAAGUAUUGUUAGUUCAAGUAUCGCUGAUUAUCUUAAUAUAAAUAAUCUAAUAACACCUAAUCAACACGGCUUUUUAUCCAAAAGAUCUACGUGCACAAAUCUUCUAGAGUCAACUAAUGACUGGAAUAAAGCUUUAGACAGCAAUUUAAUUACUGACGUGGUAUACAUUGACUUUCAAAAAGCAUUUGACUCUGUACCUCAUCCAAAACUUCUGAAGAAACUUGCAAUGUACGGCAUAAUAGAUAAUCUGCUUCAUUGGAUAUCAGCAUUUCUUUCUAACAGAUAUCAAAGAGUUCUGGUUGGAAAUUCACUAUCUAAUCCAACCUGCAUCCUAAGUGGAGUUCCACAGGGUAGCGUCUUGGGUCCAACGUUAUUCUUAUUAUUUAUUAAUGAUCUACCCUCUAUAGUAAAAGAUCUUAAUUGCUCUCUAAUGUUAUAUGCUGACGAUAUCAAGUUAUAUAGUUCAUUUAAGGAUGCCGAUUACAGUCACGAUCUUGCUGUAGCCAUUUAUAAAGUUUAUCUAUGGUCAAAAAAAUGGCAAUUAAAAAUAGCCAAUAAUAAGUGCUUUACUCAUAGAAUAGCACCUACUUCAUUUUGUAAAGAUAUAAAUUACAACUAUCAAUUAGGCGAUCAUAAUUUAACUUGGUCUACAAACCCAAAAGAUCUUGGUGUGACCAUGGAUUCUUAUUUGAAUUACAGUAAUCAUAUUUCAAAUAUCGUCCGUGCAUCAAACAUUCGAGGAUAUCUAAUCCUUAAAUGUUUUAAAAGUCGUGAUCCACGUGUUAUCGUUAAAGCCUACACUACUUAUAUAAGACCGAUCUUAGAAUAUUGCUCUCCGGUUUGGUCGCCAAAUCGCACUAAAAUGAACAAUACAGUGGAAAGAGUACAAAGACGUUUUACCAAGAGAAUUUCUAACCUAAAUAAUGUUUCAUAUUCAAGUAGACUUAGUAUUCUUGGUUUGGAACUACUAGAAAUUCGUCGCCUUAAGCAAGACAUGAUUACAUUUGCAACAUUAUCAGAACAUAUCGGCGUAUUAUCUCCAAUUAUUAGUGAACCUUUAGCUUCUAGAAGCAAAACUUCAAACUUGAAAGACAAAGUGGCAAAAGAAAUUAUAAAAGCUUUAAGAACAGAAGUUAGAGACCUAAAACAUGAAUUGCAAACAUAUUACUACAGUAGGCGUAUUCGCAAUCUUAUAACUACAAUAAAGGAUAGAAAAAUUAAAGAGAAAGAAAAGUUAAGCAUGUUAUUAUCUAAUGUUCCGACAGGUAACAUUCCAUAUCUAUUUGAGAAAAUUGUACAAUAUUUCGGUAUUGAAUGUUUGCAAAUUCCGCAGCGUAGUACUGUUGAGAAAAUGGCUCGUGAGCUUGGCAGUAUAUCAGACCUUUAA